AUGCCCAAACGGAAAUCGACUAUGCCAACUGUUGAUAAACGUGAAAAGAAAGUCAGUGAAUCCGAUCAUAAUCAGACAAGCGAAAAAGACGAUAAUGCCGAAGAGAAACAAAAGGAUGAAUUAGCGAACAAAGUAGCCAAAACUAAAACAAAUACGACCGUUAUCGAUUAUUUUAGUAUUAAACCUCUGAUAAAAGCGAUUGAUCAUGUACGAACGGGCAUUUGUACGAGUGUCGAGGAUUUUCAUUUCAACAAGACACGCGUGCGGCCAAUGAACAAUGUCAAUCACAUUCCGAAAGAUUCGCAAACGAUACUCUAUUGGAUGUCCCGUGACCAGCGUGUUCAAGAUAAUUGGGCAAUGCUCUACGCUCAACGUCUAGCGCUUAAACAACAUCUUCCAUUACACGUUGCUUUUUGUUUAGUACCAACAUUUCUAGCAGCGCCCUUACGUGCUUAUCGUUUUAUGUUGAAAGGUUUACGAGAAGUCGAACAAGAAUGUCAACAAUUGAAUAUCAUAUUUCAUCUAUUGACUGGACAAGCCGAAAAGGUUUUACCGAAAUUUGUUGAAAAGUAUCAAGUCGGUACGAUUAUUACUGAUUUUUCACCUCUACGUGUGCCACGACAAUGGGUAGAAAAUGUAGCGAAAAAAAUCACCACUAUUCCUAUCGUUCAAGUUGAUGCACACAACGUUGUUCCAUGUUGGUAUGCUUCAACUAAACUCGAGUAUGGCGCACGUACGAUACGAAAUAAACUUCAUAAAAAUAUGGACGAAUUCUUUACUGAGUAUCCACCUGUGAUUAAGCACCCGCACACUUCACCUGCACAUCAUCAAGUUAAGCCAACAGACUGGCAAGCAGCUGAUGAUAGCUUACAAGUUGAUCGAACUGUUGACGAAGUCGCUUGGGCUGUGCCUGGUUACACCGGUGGAAUCGAACAAUUAGAGUCGUUCGUCAAUGAACGAGUUUGCAAUUUUGCUCUCGGACGCAAUGAUCCAAACAAAGGUGCAAUAUCGAAUCUCUCGCCCUGGAUACACUAUGGACAAAUAAGUCCUCAGCGUGCAUUACUUGUCAUUGCAAAAUUGCGUCCAAAAUUCAAAGAAGCUUGUGAUUCAUUCAUUGAAGAAGCAUUCGUACGACGAGAAUUGGGUGAUAACUACUGUUACUAUCAAGAGAAUUACGAUAAUAUCAAUGGCGCAUGGGACUGGGCGAAGAAAACCCUCAACGAUCAUCGCAACGAUAAACGCACUCACGUCUACAGUCGUGACGAUCUAGAAUAUGCUCGAACUUACGAUAAACUAUGGAAUGCGUCUCAAAUCCAAAUGAUCAAAGAAGGUAAAAUGCACGGAUUCGUUCGAAUGUAUUGGGCGAAGAAGAUUCUCGAAUGGACUAACUCGCCCGAAGAAGCAAUCGAAAUUGCUAUAUAUUUAAAUGAUAAAUAUAAUCUCGAUGGGCGUGAUCCAAAUGGUUAUGUUGGCGUUAUGUGGAGCAUUUGUGGAAUUCACGAUCAAGGAUGGAGAGAAAGACCAGUUUUUGGUAAAAUUCGUUACAUGAAUUAUGAUGGAUGCAAGCGAAAAUUCGAUGUUGCAAAAUAUGAAAACAAAUAUUCAAGUUUAUAG